UCUCUCUCUAUUUAUCCUUCCCGCGAACAGUUCGGUUAUUUCCUCCGACUUUCUAUCGACAGUUAGCCUCAAAUAAAGUCUUCCAUUCCAAAAGAGUCAACAGAAGGAAAGGGCCCCCUUCGUUUCGUCAAUUGGUCCCUCUCCAUCGAUUUUGUAGUUUGCUUGAGAUACAUAGAAAAAUAAACAAGCCUUGUUCGUUUUUGUUAAUAUGGUGCUUUGAUCCCUUCUCUUGCAAGAUUCCUCUGUGUUAAUUCUCCAGAAAUUUGGUUUUGUUUGUCUCGAAGAUUGAUCUCUAGAGAUUCACUGUCAUGGCCGGGCGUUACGAUCGGAAUCCAUUCGACGAUGAAGAAGUCAAUCCGUUUGCGGAUCCAGCUGUUAUGGGGAAAUCUGGACAGUCAAAUUAUGGUGGAGGUGCAUUUUAUACCACAAAUCCUGGAAGUGUUCCUCCUGCCACAAACUCAAGGCUUUCACCUCUUCCUCCUGAGCCUGUAGAUUUCAGCUAUGAUCGUGGAGCAACAAUUGAUAUUCCUCUUGAUACAGCAAAGGAUUUAAAAAAGAAGGAAAAGGAGCUUCAAGCCAAGGAAGCUGAAUUGAAGAAGAGAGAACAGGAACUGAAAAGGAGGGAGGAUGCUGCAGGACGAGCUGGUAUUGUCUUAGAGGAGAAAAAUUGGCCUCCAUUUUUCCCCAUUAUUCACCAUGAUAUAGGAAGUGAAAUACCAAUCCACCUGCAGAGGCUGCAGUAUAUUGCGUUCACAACAUUGUUAGGGUUGGUAGCAUGUCUAUUAUGGAAUAUUGUAGCUGUUACCACAGCGUGGAUCAAAGAAGAAGGUGUGACCAUCUGGCUCCUUUCCAUUAUAUACUUUAUAUCAGGAGUGCCAGGAGCCUAUGUACUGUGGUACCGUCCUCUUUAUCGUGCUAUGAGGACUGAAAGUGCAUUGAAGUAUGGGAGGUUUUUCCUAUUCUAUGCGCUUCACAUUGGGUUCUGCGUAUUUUCUGCAGUUGCCCCUCCUAUUAUUUUCAAGGGGAACUCUCUCACGGGUAUCUUGCCAGCAAUUUCUUUUCUCAGCAGCAAUGCUUUGGUUGGGAUUUUCUAUUUCAUUGGAUUUGGAUUCUUCUGCCUUGAAUCAGUGAUCAGCUGCUGGGUUAUUCAGCAAGUAUACAUGUAUUUCAGAGGUAGUGGCAAGGCUGCAGAGCUGAAGCGGGAUGCUGCAAGAGGAGCCAUGAGGGCAGCACUAUGACAUGGCAUUAUGGAAUGGUGAAUGAUAGAGAUGGAUGGACGACACUGGAUGUGGGGAAACCGUGGAAGAAAUAGGGAAAUUUGCUACCUUAGCUGGAAAAUUUAGCACAGAUGUUUCAUAGCCUUUUAAAGCCCAUUGUUUAUGCCGUUUGUCAGGGUAUUGUAAGAAGACGACUUUGAUGUACAAAGAAGAGGUAGGACAAAGCAUAUCCGAAUGAAGACUUGGUGUGAUUUUGUUAGAGGGUGCAGCUUCUUUGAAGUCAAUUCUUUUUACGUUUAAUCUAGUAUUUGAUUCUGUAUGUAGCGUGUUGAUGCUCUUUUUCCUGUUGAUUAUUUACUUGGACAAUGUAUCAUGUUGGCGUAGAGAGGUAUUACUAGCCUUGUAAAUUUGGGGAACAAUCAAUUCUUUGUCUGGUCUCUUCGGAGACAUCUGAUAAAAUUGGAACUUUAUAGCUCCAUUUGUUUU